CUGAUCACUUGUAUUGUGUAAAAAGAGUGGAUACCUGCCGGGUGGUAAUUUUAUAAUUUAUAUCAAAAUAUGCAGAAAAAACGUGUUGGUGUGAAUAAUAUUUUGGAUAAAUUGCACCGUGGCGUAGUCUACACCUGCAUGGGUGUCACACUUUAUGGUACAUUCUUGCUAGGAAUGCGCGUAUAUAGAUACCUGACUGUUGUACGUCCGCAGCGUCAAGUGGAGCAGCUGAAGAAGAUUGAUGAAGAGCAACUUGAUAAUGCAAAAACCAUAAGUUCAUAGAUUUUGUUAUGUCGAAUAAGUGUGUAAAAUGCUAAUAGUAAGCCUUUUUAAAUUGUGAAAUGUCUA